GGACUGAACCAUACACCUAUGCGGCGACAUCAAGAUGGUGACAGCACACUGCAGAAGUAUGUGCGCCCUGCAAUCCGCCUUGUGGCUGCAAUGCUCCGUUACCAGCACGUUGUAAUGCCCACAUCACCGGACCUGCAGGAUGCGCUUGCUGAGCUAGAACAUCAUCUCGAAACAUCUAGCACUCCAUCUUUGCCAAUCUUCCACCGCGUCUUCUCCCAUCUCUGGCUCUGCGAGUGGCCCCGCCAAGUCAACCAAGCAUACACUUCUGAUCCUACGAUGAUGUACAUCGCUAUGGCUGCAUUGAACAGAGACGGCUCGUUCAUGCAGGCCAAGGAUCUUACAGAAGUGCUUGCACAGUUUACUUAUGACAUCCAGCUUGUUGUCCUUCGCCAACUCCACUACGAUAUCCGGGACCACUCGCAGACUGUCCACUUACAGCUAAGGGCUCUUCAACCACUACUCAAGUAUGUGCACGAGGAUGAAGUGACAACGUUCGGGAGUAUACGGGCUAUGCAGCACUAUGCGAGCUCAUUGGCCUUUGCUUGGCGUGGCAUGCCCUCUGUGAUGUGGAAGGAUCCUGGUAAAUACGAAGAAAUGGUGUUCGAGGGCAAGCCGCUUCCACUACAAAAGCUGCGCGAGCUAUGCCACUUCCUUCAAGCAAGCGCCAUUGAGAUCUUCGAGGAGUUGUCUGCGAAGGGGCCGACAGACGUUCCGUAUGAUCAAUUGGAGGACAACCUGAAGAAUCUGACUACUGGCUAUACGGUAGUAGAUUACAGGCGGUCUGAGAUUAUGCGCGAACGUUUUGCGGCAUUCUCCAAUCACUUGCUUAGCAGCAACAGAUGGAACCUUCAGCGCAACCUCGAUGGUCGUGAACAGUUUCAUACAAGAAACUGUGACCAAUGGCUGGCUAGGCUUGCAGAGUUGGAGGAAAGGCUGCUUGUUCUCACGCUGCUUGCAAGUGGUGCACCACCUCGUGGCACGGAGGCUACUGCAUUGCUGCUUCGGAAUACCCCAUACCGCCAGCGUAACCUCUAUCUUCUUGGACGGCAGCUUGCGUUUGUGCGGAUGUAUAACAAGACAACGCACGCGCACGAGCAGGAUAAGGUCAUUCCUAAUGGCUUUGAUGCAGUCACUAAAGACAUUGCUGCUCGUACCUGGUUCUUUCUUCGCCCACAUGCCGAGUGCUUUGCUCAGGAGGUCUUUGGAGAAGAGGGAAAGGAGAUCGCUCAGCUCUACCGCACUAUGAUGUUUAUGGACUAUGGGAAAAUGUUCUCCAGCCACGCUCUGACCCGUAAAAUGUCCGGCCUCACAACUGAAGUCCUGGGAUGGCCGUUGACUAUACGGAAGUGGAGGCAAAUCUAUCCCGCAAUACGCCGUAAACAUUCUAGCACCUCUCUGAGCAGGCUAGAUGGGGAUAAUGUUGACGAUGUCGAGGAGCGCAUCGAGGAGGACGAUCCUAUCGACACCCGGCAGGCUGGCCAUUCUAUGGCAAUCGCAAAACGUCUAUAUGGCAUCACUGCUGAUGUGGUCACAGGCCUAGAUCCCGACUCCAUCGCUAUCUAUCUUGCCAACAGUGAUGAAGUCCAACAUCUCCUACGGCUUGUGCCAGGCUCCCAUGCACUGCCAUAC